UGGGCUUCUGUGGAACAAGAUCACCUACAAUGGAUUGAGCACAAUCAGAAGACUAUCUGUGCAGAGCCGUACAAUGGCUUGGUAGAUGCAGCAGCAAGAGCUGAUAAUGCAGAGCCAGGGCAACAUGAUCUUGCUCAGAUUGGCACACAUAUCAUCCUUCCUGCCACUUUUGUAUCCAGUGCAUGGUACAUGUACCAGCUCUAUCAAGACUCUAUAGCUAUUGUGUGCUGGGCAGGACAGCCUGAUAUCUUCCUCACCUUGACUGCACACCCCACCUAU